AUGGCGAAGUCCAGGGGCCGUCUGUACCUUUGCAUGUGCUUGGCCGCAGCGCUGGCGUCUUUCCUGGCGGGAUUUAUGGUGGGCUGGUUUAUUAAGCCUCUCAAAGAAACAGCCACAACACUGCGCUAUCAUCAAAGUGUGCGGUGGAACCUGGUAUCCGAGAUGAAAGCUGAAAAUAUUAAAUCAUUUCUUCGUUCUUUUACAAAGCUCCCUCAUCUGGCGGGAACAGAACAAAAUUUACUGCUUGCCAAGGAAAUCCAAACCCAGUGGAAGAAAUUUGGACUGGACUCGGCCAAGUUGGUUCACUAUGAUGUUCUCCUGUCUUACCCCAAUGAGACAAAUGCCAACUACAUCUCAAUCAUAGACGAACAAGGAAUGGAGAUCUUUAAAACCGCACACCUUGAGUCGCCCCCAGGUGGAUAUGAGAAUGUUACCAACAUCGUUCCUCCCUAUAACGCGUUCUCGGCCCAGGGCGCGCCAGAGGGAGAUCUUGUAUAUGUAAACUAUGCUCGUACUGAAGAUUUUUUCAAACUGGAAAGAGAAAUGGGCAUCAACUGCACGGGAAAGAUUGUUAUUGCCAGAUACGGGAAAAUCUUCAGAGGAAAUAAAGCCCUCAACGCCAUGGCAGCCGGAGCGGCGGGCAUCAUCCUGUACUCGGACCCUGCGGACUACUCGGCCCCCGAGGCGCGGCCCUACCCCCACGGCUGGAACCUCCCUGGAACUGCGGCGCAGAGGGGGAACGUGCUGAACCUGAACGGUGCUGGUGACCCGCUCACCCCAGGCUACCCCGCCAAAGAGUACACCUUUAGACUUGAUGUUGAAGAAGGAGUGGGAAUGCCCAAAAUCCCUGUACAUCCCAUUGGAUAUAAUGAUGCAGAAGUAUUAUUACGCCACAUGGGGGGAACAGCUCCCCCAGAUGACAGCUGGAAGGGAAGUCUUAAUGUGGAUUACAACAUCGGGCCUGGCUUCAUGGGGAAAGACUCUUCCAGGAAGGUUAAAAUGCAUGUUCAUAACACCAAUAAAAUUACAAGGAUUUACAAUGUCAUCGGAACCAUCAGAGGGUCUGUGGAACCUGACAGGUAUGUUAUCCUGGGAGGUCAUCGGGAUUCCUGGGUGUUUGGAGGUAUUGACCCAACCACGGGGACCGCUGUUUUACAAGAAAUCGUUCAGAGUUUUGGAAAACUGAUGAGUAGAGGAUGGAGACCCAGGAGAACCAUAGUUUUCGCCAGCUGGGACGCAGAAGAAUUUGGACUCCUGGGCUCCACAGAGUGGGCCGAGGAGAAUGCAAAAGCACUCCAGGAGAGAAGCAUUGCUUACAUCAACUCGGAUUCAUCCAUAGAAGGCAAUUAUACUCUCAGAGUUGACUGUACACCCCUUCUUUACCAGUUGGUGUAUGACCUGACAAAAGAGAUCUCCAGCCCCGAUGAUGGUUUCGAGAGUAAAUCUCUUUAUGAAAGCUGGUUGGAAAAGGACCCUUCCUCUGAAAAUGCCAACUUUCCUAGAAUCAACAAGCUGGGAUCUGGAAGUGAUUUUGAAGCUUAUUUUCAGAGACUUGGAAUUGCUUCAGGCAGAGCCCGUUACACUAAGAACAGGAAAACAGAUAAGUACAGCAGCUACCCAUUAUACCAUACAAUUUAUGAGACGUUUGAAGUGGUAGAAAAGUUUUAUGACCCCACAUUUAAAAAACAGCUCUCUGUGGCUCAAUUACGAGGGGCGCUGGUUUAUGAGCUUGCAGACUCUCAAAUCAUUCCUUUCAAUAUUCAAGACUAUGCAAAAGCUUUGAAAAACUAUGCAACAAGUAUCUACAAUUUAUCCAAGAAACAUGAACAACAAUUGAAAGAUCAUGGAGUAUCAUUUGAUUCCUUAUUUUCUGCUGUACAAAACUUCUCGGAGGCUGCUUCAGAUUUCCACAGAAGACUUACGGAAGUUGAUCUUAAUAAUCCCAUUGCAGUGAGAAUCGUGAACGACCAGUUGAUGCUCCUGGAAAGAGCAUUCAUCGAUCCCCUUGGUUUACCAGGGAGGAAGUUCUACAGGCACAUCAUCUUUGCUCCAAGUAGGCACAACAAAUAUGCUGGAGAAUCGUUUCCUGGGAUCUAUGAUGCUAUGUUUGACAUUGAAAAUAAAGCCGACCCACGUUCAGCCUGGACAGAAGUAAAGAAACACAUUUCUAUUGCAGCCUUUACAAUUCAAGCAGCAGCAGGGACACUGAAAGUGGUGGUAUAGUAAGGUCUCAGACCAGUGGCUAUCCAUUAAAAGUACCCAGUGGACAUCUGAGGAUAAAACCCAUCUUUCUCUUUGAUCGUUCCUUUCAUGUCAUGUUUGAUUUUAGACUUCCACCUUGUUAUCUGCAAAGAGUUUCUGCCUCAAUACAUUGGUGAUGACGUUUUGAAUUUUUAAUCUAAUAAAAUAAAAAACUCCAGUGGUGGCAGAAAGAGACAAAGUAACUGAAAAUUCUCUAAAAUAAGAUACAGCAAGGAACUUGAACUCUCAGACAUUGCUAGUAGAAAUGUAAAAUGGUAUAACUACUUUGGAAAACAGUUUGGCAGUUUCUUAUAAAGUUAAUCAUACUUCAUGGCUCCAAAAUUCUACUUCUACGUAUUUACUAGAGAAGCAAAACAUGAUCACAAAAAAGGCUCUCACAUGCAUGUUCCCAGUACCUUACAGUAAAUAAGUUCAAUGGAUGAAUGGGUAAAUUUUGGUAUAUCCACAACGGAACACUAUUUAUCAGUACAAAUGAAAUAACUGCCAAUACAUGUAAUAUUGGCAGAUGUUGAGAGAAAGAAGCCAGACACAGAAGAAUACCUAGCAUAUGACUGUAUUUAUAUGAAAAAGAGGCAACAGUAAUCUGUGGUGUUAGAAAUAAAUUAGAUCAGCGAUUGCCUGGAGCAAGUAAGGACAGGGAAAGAGGUAUAAGGAAACUUUCUGGGAUGAUGGGAGUUUUCUGUAUCCUGAUAUGGGUGAUGGUUACAUAGGUGUAUACAUUUGUCAAACCUCAUCAAACUGUAAACUUAAAAUGUGUGAAAAUUAUUCCUCAAUAAAUGUGAUUACAACUCCCUCCCCCCACCCCCAAAAAAGAAAAGGAAACCUGUAUAGCACACCUUCUCUUGUAAAAUCACCAUGGAGUUCAAAUCAGAAGGAAAAAGUGAAGAGUAUACAUACUUUUUAAUAGCUUCACAUCUACUGAAUAAUAUGUGUAAUAAAGCAAAUAGUUGCUACAAAUCUUCAUACUCCUAUAAAUAAAACUGUAUCAGCAUGUGUAAA